GGCAGAUUGUUUUGCUGUCAAUUCGUCAGCUGGGAUAAAAUAUCCAGUAAAAUUCUGGCAAACGAACAGACGAACAGACAAAAUUAUAUCCUGAUGAAUUAACAUGAUAAUAAAUAUGGCAAGCGGUGAGCCUACUUUAAAUAGCGAAAACGAUAGAACACAACCAACAGAGCGCAUAAAGUGUUGGAUUUGUCCGGCGAAAUUUUUCACUGCUGAACAAGAAUAUGAACAUCACAUAGAGAUGAUACAUCAAGGCUUCCGGUUUUGCUGCGAGGAAUGCGACGAUGUGACACUCUUCAAAACAAUACAGGAAGCUCGGGAUCACGUUGACGAUAGACACGAUAUUAAUCUGCAGCAGUGUCCAAAUUGCGAGAAAUCCUUCAAUGCAUUUAAUCUGAGGAGGCAUUUUAGCGAAGUUCAUCAAACAGUUCGGCAGUACGAAUGCAGUUUGUGUGAGAAGGAGCGUUUCGACGACAGAGGGAAGUACGAAAACCAUGUUUUUCACGCCCACCAAGGUUUCCGUGUGAAGUGCCAUAUUUGUCAUCGAAUGUUGAAGACUAAAUUGAAACCGCACAUCGAAUAUAUUCAUUCCAAUGGGACGGCGAAAUGUAACAUUUGUGGCAGAGAGUACAGUAACAAAUAUAAGCUCAUGCGGCAUUUGAAAUGCCACACCGAUCCGAAGGAACCAGGGACCUCCGUUCGCUGUGAGCGAUGUGACGAAACGUUCGACAGCGUUAGCAAACUUAACUAUCAUAAGGCCAAACACCAAACCAAAAUACAUCAAUGCGACAAAUGCUCCAAAAUGUUCUAUCGCAAUGGAGCGCUUGUCCAGCAUCAGAAAACCCAUGAAGAAAGUGAGCUUCAUUGUGAGUUAUGCAAUAAAUCGUUCAAUAAUGUUAACCAUUUCCGGAAGCAUAUGAGAGGUCACAACAAACGACAAUAUAAGGAGCGAAAAGAUACAAAACAUGUUAGCUAAUUAUGACUGAUAGAAAUUUGAGUGUUUUACUAAAGGAUGUGAUAUAUCAUUCCGAAGCAUUUCUCGCUUUUUUAAAUAUUCUGCUCCGAGUGUAUUGCCAGAUGCUCCUGAAAUCGAGCUUUACCCUUAACAAGUGCAUUACACACAGGACAAGACAUCCUCUGGUGCACAUAUUUACCCUUCAUGUGAUAAUAAAGCCCAG